AGGAAAGGGGUCAAGAAACAGCUUUACGAACAGCAGAACAAAGGAGAGGGAGCGUUUUCUUGGGGCUUUUCUUCACCCUCUCUGGCUUGCUUUCGCUGCAGCUGCUGCCCAUUUGAAUUUUUUCUUGACCGGUUCCUUCCGAAGUGCAUACACCGCUUUACACGAGAACGUCAAAAUGAAAGAAAUUUUACAGUCGAAUUAAAAGUAAAAACUUUUAAAUCAGUGAGCAAUGAGAUUUUCAAAAACUGUAGCAGUAAAAGUUUUCAUUUUCAAAACAAGAAAAAAAAUUUUAGUGUAGCAAAUUUUUACAAACUUUUUAAUUCAAAAGUAUGUUACUUUUGUCAUUAUCGUAAUAUUUUUUUGUGUGUAAGUGCACGGUUCAAAUUAGAAUAUGGGUCAUUCCAUCUGAAGCGGAACAGCACUUGAAAAUUACCAUCUCCGAUUCUGCCCAAUUUUGGCAGAGCUGUUGAGACUAUCAAAACAUGCAAAAAUCCCGAAUUUCAUCCAAAUCGGACCACCCCCUCCAUUUUUGUACCCUCCCAAAAAAUCGACUAUUUGGCGAUUUUUGAGCGAAACCCCUAUCUUCAAACGACGAUAACUCAGGAACAACAAAUCUUAGAGGGUCGGUCUUAGACUCAAUUUUGAAGGAAAUUGGACAUAGAAUCCAUUUAUGUGAUCAAAGUUUAGAUUAAAAUAUGUUUUCUACCCGAGGGGCGGGACAAUAGUAAGAAAUUAAAUAAUUUAAUUAAUUAACGGUCGGAAUUUAAUACAUUAACGAUUGUUUACCGUCAAAACAACGUCACCUCUCUUUACACCACUUUGGUUGGAACUCGGAUUUGACGGGUUUGACAGUUUGCCAUCUCGCGCGUUCGUUUAUUUUUGUUGUGCUUGGUUGAGAAUUUUAGUCGCAGCAGCACAGCAGCAGAAAGCCGAAAACGAGAGCCAAUUUUUGUUGAACAAUUCGAUUUGGCACGGACAUUAGUCAAUUUUGGUGGAAUUGAUUCUAGAAGCUGCCCCGGUCAUGGCUAUCGAAUAUUACGUUUUGUAACAAUUCACAGGGUUUGAAGAUCUUCGGCGUCAACACGGCAGAUGAAAUAAUCUAAAUAAUCAACCAUGGUGUGCUGCAGCUGGCCAUUGUGGAAAAGCAACCGAGAAACCUCAAGAUUGUGGAAUCCUGGGUGGAUCAAUCCUUCCGUCCCUUCUAGCAGAAACUCCCACCAACCGCGACUGCACCUGUUUUGAUUCUAAACUCAACUUUUGUAUCAUAUAAGUUUGAUUGUAAUUUUGUGUUUUAUUGUAGGAUCAAAAUGCUAGUGGAUUUAAAAUACAACGAUCCGGGAGAAACAGGUGGAGGUUCUUAUAGUUAGCCGAGAUGAUCAGCGGAAGUCAGAUAGAUUUUGGGAGUGAGACUUUUUGUCGGUUCAGAUGACCACUUCCUGCUCCAAAUACUCUUUAGUGUUUUGGCUUUCCAAUGUGUUCAUGUGGCAGCCGUUUGACAACACAAAUAACGUAAGAUUUGUAAUGUCUUGCAACGCCGAAAUCGAUCCACCACCAAUCUCAAGCUUACCAUAGACUUUGAAGAUCCGUGGUGUUCCGGUAAGGGAAGGGGAGUGGAAGAACCUGGAUAGAACACGGCUAUGGUAUCAGGCAAACUGUGAAGUAAAUGUUGUGGUCGUAUGUGUAAGAGUAAUGUAAAGAUAAAGAUCACUACUGAUCUAAAAAUUGCGUUUCUAUUCAAUCCAUAAAAUUUUAAUAAACACAUAAUAAAAUAUAAAAAGUCUCAUUUCAUUCUUGGCAUAAAUUAUUUAACAUCAUUGCCAGGACCGGUGUUGUAGUGGUAAGCGUGGUUGCCUCUCACCCCAGUUGUACUGGGUUCGAUCACAUACGGUCACGGUGGCAUUUUUCAAGACGAGAUCUGUCUGAUCACGCCUUCUGUCGGACGGGAACGUAAAUAUUGGUCCGUUCUAAAGAACCUAGUUAUAACCUAGAGGUUAGGUCGUUAGCUCAGUCCAGGUGUAGGAGUCGUCAUCCUGGGUCCUGCCUCGAUCGAGUCACUGGUAGGCAGUUGGACUCACAAUCCAAAGGUCGUCAGUUCGAAUCCCGGGGUGGAUGGAAGCUUAGGUGUAAAAGGAGGUUUGCAAUUGCCUCAACAAUCAACAAUCUUCGGACACCUAGUUUCGAGUAGGAAUCUCGCAAUCGAGAACGCCAAGGCAAUGCUGUAGAGCGAACAAUUUAUUUUAUUGAAAUAGUAGAAACGUUACUGGUCUUCCUAAAGCAGAGACGGUUUUUGGAACGGAUUCCGGUGAUAAAGGUUUCAAAAACUUCAGCUUCUAGUAGGCUUUGAUAAUCGUUAACUUUUCGCUUGUGAUUCAUUGCUAUUCCGUCGAUGAGAGAUCUGAAACCGGGGACCUUGGCUUGGCCGUCGUCAUCCUAGAGUGUAUAGAUUAAGCUAUGGAUUAUUUUAAUUAUUAUUUAUCAAGAGUCAGUCUUUUCUUUGCCGACACCGCAGCAAACGUUUGUUACGCCGUAACACGUGUCGCUUAACUGACGACGUCCUCUUCGAUAGAACAUCCUGCUUCAGAGCUUACACUCAUGUGGCCGUUUUUGUAGGCAAAUUUGUCUUCACCGGAGAGAAAGGAACACUUCCGGAAACGAUUCGUCCAACUGAAACUUGCAUGUUUUCUGCGGGGUCGAUUUUAGCAUUUUUUUCAUGGAAUUGGCUCGGUUUAUAUAAGUUUCUUUUAGUCCAGCAGCUCUGUCGAAGUUCCAGAGCAUUUUGGAACUCUCAGCCGUAAUCUCUCCAGCUGUCGAUUCUUCGAAAAGAUGCGGUGAACCAUGAUUUCGUCGAUCUUGCCGUUCCGACAUCAACCACGUCGACGUAUCAAUGUUGUACAAGUGGACGACAGGCCACUUUUUGAUCCUCCAAAUUACCGGGACUUUUACGCUAACUAUUUUUAAACAAACGAAAAAACUAACGGCAUCGACACAUUUUCGACAAAACCAAAUAAACAUUAAUUUGACAGGCAAGCGCGUGAAAGAGACGCAAAACAAAUCAAAGUUUCGAAAGCAGGUGUAGCGCUGUCAAGUGUAGUUGACAAGUGAAAUUUAAUUCGUUAAUAUAUUAAGAGCGAGUCCACGAGCAAAGGGAGCGUUCUUUUAUUACGUAACGCAAAAAAUCGGACUCUUAGACCCCCUCCCUCCCCCUCGUAACAAAAUUUCCAUACAAAUUUUAAAAAUUUUGUAUGGAGCGUAACACGGCCUCCGACCCCCCCUCCCCCCCUACUGCGUUACGUAAUAAAACAGUGUUUCUCAACCUUUUUCGUUCCAUUCCCCCCUUGGCUAAUUUUCAUGAACUUCAUUCCCCCCCCUCAAAAUUGGAAAAACUUUAAUCAAAUUUCAUAAUUUAAGAUGUAAUGUUUAUCAUAGGACUGAAGUUUCAAUUAAAAAAAAAAUCAUGCAAAACAUAUAAAUAUGCAGUUUGUGAAAUAAUCAACAAAAUGUAGUCCAAAAUUGCUCAAAAUUUCUAAAACAAUUGUAUUUUUUAUAAACUAACUGUUUCUAUUUGAAUUAAUGCAAAACAAUUUUAUAAUAUAUAAAAAGGACUUUUAUUUCAAAAGUUAAAAUAUUCUUUCCAAUUCGAUAGUUUCAAAAAAUGUUUCAGACAUGGAUUAUUUUAGCAAGAUCGUUCAAAGGCAUUACAUUUCUAUUGCAUCCUCAUUCCCCCCCCAAGAAUGGCCAAAUUCCCCCCCAGGGGGGAAUUCCUCACCGGUUGAGAAACACUGUAAUAAAAGAACGCUCCCAAAGCAUACCCAUCUCGCAUCGACCUCACCAAUCUGCCUGAAAUUUUCAGGGGUUGUUUGUACACAUAAAACUAGCAUCUGGACAAAAUAUGAGCACUCUAGGUCAACGGGAAGUGGGGCAAAUCGAGACACAAAGUUUAAAGGUUCAAAAACGUCAAAAAUCUUAAAAAGGCUAUAACUUAGGCAAAAUUCAAUUUAUUUUCAAAAUUCAGAAUGCAUCUUAAAGGGCUUAAAAAAUGCAACAAAAUGCAGGGUAGAGCAUCCCGAUUGGUUAAAUCUAAUGGGAGUUAUUGGCACUUUAGUGAAAAAAUAGCAUAAUUUUCAAACUCAAAUAAAAAAGUGUUCCAUUCAGAUAUCAACUCGGUUCGACCUGCAGCUUGUAGGGGACACAGGGCUGAGCUGUACGAUUUUGAACUAGUUAGUCGCUACCGGAGUUGCUCUGAACGAUGCGCUCAUGGUGGGACCAGUUGUGCAGGACGAUUUACUGGACAUUGCGCUACGCUUUCGACUCCACGCUGUUGCCAUUGUCGCUGACAUCGCCAAGAUGUACCGUAUGAUUCGCGUCCAGCCUGACGACCAGAGACUGCAGAGAAUUGUUUGGAGAGACAAUGUGGACGAACCCAUCCGAAUCUACGAGUUGACCACUGUCACGUACGGAACGGCGUCUGCGCCGUAUUUAGCGACCAAGUGCUUGCAAAAACUCGGUGAGAUCGGAGAAAAGACGCACCCAUCCGCUGCCAAGGUCCUCAAACGUGACUUCUACGUUAACGACAUGUUGGCAGGUGCGCACACGGUCGCUGAAGGAAAAGAGCUAGUCGCCGAAAUGGUCGAUCUGAUGGAAUCUGGCGGAUUCUCGUUGCGAAAGUGGCACUCAAACUCCCGAGACAUCCUGCUCGACGUCCCGGAACAUCUUCGCGAUGAACGAACUCUGCUAGAACUGGACACGUCUGACGCAACCGUCAAGACGCUCGGGCUCGUCUGGAAGCCCAGUACGGACUGUUUCCGUUUCAGAUCGCCAAAGUGGAACGACGUUGCCGUGAUCACGAAGCGUGUCGUGGCCUCAGACAUGGCCAUGAUCUUCGACCCGUACGGGCUGAUCGGUCCUGUCGUCGUCCGAGCGAAAAUCUUCGUGCAGAAGCUGUGGCGCAUGGAACUGGACUGGGACGCCGCUCUGCCAGAAGAUUUGCAGGCGUACUGGCGAGAAUACCGCAGAAAUCUAGCCGGUCUAGACAGCCUGUCGAUACCCCGCUGGAUUGGCACAGGUGCAGAUGACCAGAAUGUGCAGCUUCACGGGUUCUGCGACGCUUCAGUCAACGCUUACGGUGCGUGCAUCUACAUCCGAACCGUUUCGGCCAACGGCGACGUCACCGUCCGCUUGCUGACCUCCAAAUCCCGCAUCGCACCGCUCGAGAACCCGAAAAAGAAGAAGCGUAAGCAGUCGAUUCCCCGCUUGGAGCUGGCGUCCGCUCUGCUGCUGGCGCAUCUGUACGAGAAAGUGGCCAACGCCAUCAACUUCCGAGGAAAAGCGUUCUUCUGGACGGAUUCCAUGAUCGUACGCUGCUGGCUUGCGUCACUGCCGUCCAGAUGGAACCAGUUCGUGGCCAACCGUGUGUCCGAGAUUCAACACCUGACAGAGAGCGGAUCUUGGGACCAUGUGCCCGGAAUAGAGAACCCAGCUGACAUCAUUUCUCGCGGCAUGACACCGAUGCAGCUGCAGUACUCAAAGCUCUGGUUCAACGGUCCUGAUUGGCUGAGUCUCGACCACCAGCACUGGCCGCACGCUCAAGUGCCGAACGCAGCAGACUUCGACCACGAAGAACUGGAGGAACACAACGCUGUCGCUGCAGUUGCACGUGACACCGAGCCCUGCAAACUGUUCACAGCGAAUUCGUCGUACACCGUGACAAUACGGACGACCGCUGUAAUCUGCCGCUUCUGUUUCAACAGCCGUGCGGCGAACAAGCACUGUUGGUCCGUUGACGGCUGAAGA